GCUGGAAAUAAAAUGGAGGGAGGGCUGGGCUGAGCAGGCAGGAUCAUAAGGAGGUUAGGAGCCUGUGAGGGGGAGGUCCAGCUGACGAGGAUGGAAUAUGCCAUGAAGUCUCUCAGCCUUCUCUACCCCAAGUCCCUCUCCAGGUGUACGGCAGUGAGCACCUCGGUGGUGACCCAGCAGCUGUUGUCCGAGCCCAGCCCAGCCGCCCCCAGUACUCGGCCCUACAGAGUAAGCACCGCUGACCGGAGUGUGAGGAAGGGUAUCAUGGCGCACAGUCUCGAGGACCUCCUCCACAAGGUCCGGGACACCCUGACGCUGGCAGACAAGCCCUUCUCCCUGGUGCUAGAGGAAGAUGGCACAACUGUAGAGACAGAAGAGUAUUUCCAAGCCCUGGCGGACAACACAGUGUUCAUGGUCCUCCAGAAGGGGCAGAAAUGGCAGCCCCCGUCAGAGCAGGGCACUAGGUACCAACUCUCUCUCUCCCAUAAACCUGCCAAGAAGAUCGACGUGGCCUGCAUAACCUUCGACCUGUACAAGCUGAACCCACAGGACUUUAUUGGUUGCCUGAACGUGAAGGCGACUCUCUACGGCACAUACUCCCUUUCCUAUGAUCUGCACUGCUACGGGGCCAAGCGCAUCGUGAAGGAAGCUCUUCGCUGGGCCCUCUUCAGCAUGCAGGCCACAGGCCACAUGCUGCUCGGCACCUCCUGUUACAUGCAGCAGCUCCUGGAUGCCCCAGAGGGAGGACAGCCCCCCAAGGACAAGGCCCCAGCCCUCAUCCCGGCCUGUCUGAAGAUAAUGCAAUGAAGGCCCAAGUCCUUGGAGGCCUUCCCCAGCCAAAUCUAGCCUGUGGACCACGUGCUCAGCUGGUAGCACUCGCAAGCCAGCGGCUAGAAAACUUCUUACCUCCCCACCCCCCCCUCACCCCCGCAAGGCCAUGAAUGAGGAAGCAAGGGAGAACUGAAGAUUCCUGGUCUGGCCCAGCUUCUUCCUGCCCAAGGGAGCUUAGCUGACCAAGACUGGGCACCAGCAGGCGAGGCGCGCAGUCGGCCCCUCCGCUACCUGUCUGCACGUGCUCUGCUUUCAUCACACGCCCUGCCUCCUUGCCCCCACCCCUAACACUCCUGAGUGAAUCGUCAAGCCACUAGGGUAUGACAUUAGAGAGUUUGCAAUGAA